AUGGCUGCUGCGGUUGUUGCUGCUGACAUUUCAACUGAUGCCAACAAAAUGGACUCACAGGCCAAAGCUGAAUCUGAAUUCAGUGUUCAGAAGCUGGUUGACAUGUUCACAAAGCUGAAUCCUUUAGCUAAGGAGUUUUUUCCUUCGUCUUAUGGUCCUAGCAAUGAUCAUCGUCGUCAGGGGUGUAAUAUCGUCAGACCAAACAAUUUUUUGGUCAACACUAAGGCUUCACCUAAUGAUGAUCAUCCUAACAAUCGAAGGAGAAGAAACAACUUUACUCAAGGGAGGAGAAGGUUGAACGGAAGGUCGCUGAAGGCUCAGAGAGAAGACAGCGUUAGGAGAACAGUUUAUGUUUCUGAUAUUGAUCAGCAUGUUACUGAGGAGCGGCUUGCAGCCUUAUUCACCAACUGUGGACAAGUGAUUGAUUGCCGAAUUUGCGGCGAUCCUCAUUCAGUUCUUCGAUUUGCUUUUGUCGAGUUUGCUGAUGAGCAUGGUGCAAGGGCAGCUUUAUCCCUUGGCGGUACUGUGCUUGGAUACUAUCCAGUGAGGGUCCUUCCCUCGAAAACUGCUAUCCUUCCUGUGAAUCCUACAUUCCUCCCUAGGUCGGAUGAUGAGCGGGAAAUGUGUACCAGGACUGUGUAUUGUACAAACAUCGACAAGAAGAUUUCUCAAGCUGAAGUGAAGAGCUUUUUUGAAUCAUCCUGUAGGGGCGAGGUUACGCGCUUGAGGCUUUUGGGGGACCAAGUGCAUUCAACUCGAAUUGCUUUUGUGGAAUUUGCAAUAGCAGAAAGUGCCAUCCUUGCACUAAACUGUAGCGGCAUGCUCUUGGGAACCCAGCCUAUCAGGGUAAGUCCUUCCAAGACUCCAGUGAGGCCAAGGGUCACUCGUCCAGUAUCGCGUUAA